AUGCCAUCGACCUUUUUCUCACCACUGAACCCUCGGGAAAGAGGCGCCUCUCCUUUAAGAGGCGCCUCUCGGCGGCGGCCGGUGGUCUUGCCGUUCGUCGGGGGCCGGCGGCCUUGCCGUUCGUCGCCUUGCCGUUCGUCGGCGGCCGGCGGCCUUGCCAUUCGUCGGCGUCUGGCGGCCUUGCCGUUCGUCGGCGGCCGGCAGUGUUGCCGUUCGUCGGCGCCCGGCGGCCUUGCCGUUCGUCGGCGCCCGGCGGCCUUGCCGUUCGUCGGCGCCCGGCGGCCUUGCCGUUCGUCGGCGCCCGGCGGCCUUGCCGUUCGUCGGCGGCCGGCGGCCUUGCCGUUCGUCGGCGGCCGGCGGCCUUGCCGUUCGUCGGCGGCCGGCGGCCUUGCCGUUCGUCGCCUUGCCGUUCGUCGGCGGCCAGCAACCGGCGGCCUUGCCGUUCGUCAGGGGCCGGCGGCCGGCAGCCUUGCCGUUCGUUGGCCGGCGGCCUUGCCGUUCAUCACAUUGCCGUUUGUCGGCGGCCGGCGGCCUUGCUGUUCGGCGGCUGGCGGCCAUGCCAUUCGUCACCUUGCCGUUCGUCGGCGGCUGGCGGCCUUGCCGCUUUCGGCGGCCGGCGGCCUUACCGUUGGUCGGCGGCCGGCAGCCGGCGGCCUUGCCGUUCGUCGGCGGCCGGCGGCCUUGGUGUUUGUUGUGGGCCGGCGGCCUUGCCGUUCGUCGGCGACCGGCGGCCUUGCCGUAAGUCGGCGACCGGCGGCCUUGCCGUUGGUUGACGGCCGGCGGCCUUGCCGUUGGUCGGCGGCCGGCGGCCUUGCCGCUGGUCGGCGGCCAUGCCGUUCGCCAGCGGCCUUGCCGUUCGUCGCCUUGCCGUUCGUCGCCUUGCCGUUCAUCGCCUUGCCGUUCGUCGCGGGCCGGAGGCCUUGCCGCUGGUCAGCGGGUGGCGGCCUUGCCGUUGGUCGGCCGGCGGUGGCCUUGCCGUUCGUCGCCUUGCCGUUCGUCGGGGGCCGGAGGCCUUGCCGUUCGUCAGCGGCCGGCGACCUUGCCGUUCGUCGGCAGCCGGCGGCCUUGCCGUUUGCCGGCGGCCGACGGCCUUGCCGUUCGUUGCGGGCCGGCGGCCUUGCCAUUCGUCGGCGGCCGGCAGCCUUGCCGUUUGUUGGCGGCCGGCGGCCUUGCCGUUUGUCGGCGGCCGGCGGCCUUGCCCUUCAUCGCCUUGCCGUUCGUCGGCGGCCGGCGGCCUUGCCGCUCGUCGCGGGCCGGCGGCCUUGCCGAUCGUCGGCGGCCGGCGGCCUUGCCGUUCGUCGGCAGCCGGCGGCAGCCUUGCCGCUGGUCGGCCGGCGGCGGCCGCGGCCGGCAGCCUUGCCGUUCGUCGGCGGCCUUGCCGUUCGUCGGCGGUCGGCGGCCUUACCGUUGGUCGGCGUCCGGCGGCCUUGCCGUUCGUCGCGGGCCGGCGGCCUUGCCGUUCGUCGGGGGCCGGCGGCCUUGCCGUUCGUCGCGGGCCGGCGGCCUUGCCGUUCGUCGGCGACCGGCGGCCUUGCCGUUCGUCGGCGGCCGGCGGCCUUGCCGUUCGUCGGCGGCCGGCGGCCUUGCCGUCGGUCAGCGGACGGCGGCCUUGCCGUUGGUCGGCGGCCGGCGGCCUUGCCGUUUGUCGGCGGCCUUGCCGUUCGCCAGCGGCCUUGCCGUUCGCCAGCGGCCUUGCCGUUCGUCGCCUUGCCGUUUGUCGGGGGCCGGAGGCCUUGCCGUUGGUCGGCGGGCGGCGGCCUUGCCGUUCGCCGGCGGGCGGCGGCCUUGCCGCUGGUCGGCGGCUGGCGGCCUUGCCGUUCGCCGGCGGGAGGCGGCCUUGCCGCUGGUCGGCGGCUGGCGGCCUUGCCGUUGGUCGGCAACCGGCGGCCUAGCCGUUCGCCGGCGGCCGGCAGCCUGGCCGUUCGCCGGCGGCCUUGA